CACCACCACCACACCACCACCACACCACCACCACCACCACCCCACCCCCGUCACCGCCUCGCGAUGCCUCCCCGGCCCUCCUCGGGCGAGCUAUGGGGCCUCCACCUGAUGCCCCCACGCAUCGUGGUGGACUGUCUGCUGCCCAACGGCAUGAUGGUGGCACUGGAGUGCCUGCGGGAGGCCACGCUCGCAGCCAUCAAGAGGGACCUCUUCCGUGAAGCACGCAAGCACCCCCUACACAGCCUGCUGCAGGACGAGUCGACGUACAUCUUCGUGGGCGUAACACAGGAGGCUGAGCGUGAGGAUUUCUACGACGAGUCGCGGCGGCUGUGCGACCUGCGGCUCUUCCAGGCCAUCCUCAAGGUGGUGGAGCCCGUGGGCAACCGCGAAGAGAAGAUGCUGAACCGGGAGAUCGGCUUCGCCAUCGGCAUGCCGGUGUGCGAGUUUGACCUGGUCAAGGACCCCGAGGUGCAGGAGUUUCGCCGCAACGUCCUGUCAGUGUGCAAGCGCGCGGUUGACGCCCGUGAUGCCAACGGUGCCCACAGCCUCGCGCUGUACGUCUACCCUCCCAACGUGGAGUCCAGCCCCGAGCUGCCCGCACACGUGCUUAGCCGCCUCGACAAGAGCCACAUCAUCAUCGUCAUCUGGGUGAUCGUCUCCCCUAGCAACGACAAGCAGAAGUACACCGUGAAGGUGGCCCAUGACCACACGCCCGAGCAGGUGAUCGCCGAGGCGAUUCGCAAGAAGACGCGCAGCAUGUCCCUGUCGUCAGAACAGCUGCGCCUGUGCGUACAGGAGUACCAGGGCAAGUACAUCCUCAAGGUGUGUGGCUGUGACGAGUACCUGCUGGAGAAGUUCCCGCUCAGCCAGUACAAGUACAUACGAAGCUGCCUCUCCAUCUCCCGCAUGCCGCACCUCAUGCUCAUGACCAAGGACUCCCUCUACAACCAGUUGCCCCGCAACGGCUUCACGGUGCCCUCGUACGCCCGGCGAGUCUCCACCGCCACCGUCGGUGGCUACAUGAACGGCGACGGCGGGGGCGGCGGCGGUGGCCCCAGCAAGCCGCUGUGGUGUGUCACCAGCCUGCUGCGGCUGCGGAUUCUCUGCGCCACCUACGUCAACGUCAACAUCCGCGACACGGACAAGAUCUACGUCAAGACCGGCGUGUUCCACGGAGGGGAGCCUCUGUGUGACAACGUGAACACCCAGCGUGUACCUUGCUCCAACCCCCUAUGGAACGAGUGGCUGACGUACGACGUUGGUAUCGUUGAUCUGCCACGUGCUGCCCGCCUCUGCCUCUCCAUCUGCUCCGUCAAAGGCCGCAAGGGAGCCAAGGAGGAGCACUACCCGCUGGCAUGGGGCAACGUGAACCUGUUUGACUAUAACGACGUGCUGGCAUCAGGCAAGCAGGCCUUGCACCUGUGGCCGUUGCCACACGGCAUGGAGGACCUCCUCAACCCCAUCGGCAUCACGGGGAACAACCCCUACAAGGAGACGCCCUGCCUGGAGGUGGAGUUUGAGUGGUUUGGUGGAGCUGUUCGCUUCCCCGGCGUCGAGGGGUUGGAGGACCACGGGAGGAGGAUCCUGCAGCCCGAGACGGCGGGCGGCACGCUGGGCUCCAAGGCUAGUGGAGGACGGUGGCCCAGGGACUGUGAGUUGCCCGACUCGGACCGCGAGCAGAUCAAGGGGAUCUGUAACCGUGACCCUCUCUCGGACAUCACGGAGCAGGAAAAGGACCUCCUGUGGAGAUACCGACAACACUAUUUAAACUUCCCCGAAGUUCUGUCCAAGUUGCUGCUCGCCGUCAAGUGGAGCAGUCGUGAGGACGUCGUGCAGAUGUACAGCCUGCUCAAGGACUGGCCUCUAGUGAGGCCUGAGUUGGCCCUUGAGCUCCUCGACUGCAACUAUCCCGAUCCCCGGGUCCGUGACUUCGCCGUCAAAUGCCUGGAGGCUGGUCUCACGGACGACAAACUCUCCCAGUACCUCAUACAACUGGUGCAGGUACUAAAGUAUGAGCAGUACCUGGACAAUCCACUGGCGCGGUUCCUGCUGCGGAAGGCGCUCACCAACCAGAGAAUCGGUCACUUCUUCUUCUGGCAUCUCAAGUCCGAGAUGCACAACAAGACGGUGAGCCAGCGGUUUGGCUUGCUACUCGAGGCCUACUGUCGUGCGUGUGGCAUGUACCUCAAGCACCUGAACCGCCAGGUGGAAGCCAUGGACAAACUCACCAACCUCACGGACAUCCUCAAGCAGGAGAAACGAGACGAGACGCAGAAGGUACCCGCGGC